AUGAACACCUCUGAGAAACGCCGUCCUGGGCCCGGCAACUCCUCCGCCCACACCCUGCGAACCGGCGUAUCGAAUCCCAACCGAAACAGCAUGCCCGCCCUCCCCCCACGAGCCGCCAUGGCAGCAAACACCGUCUCGAGCCCUGAAGAGACCAUCGAGGGCGGUGCGCCGCUGACGGAACGCAAAGAGAAGGAUGCCACUGCUACGAGGAGCGGUAGUAUCAAGGACAAAGACCGCGAGAAAGAGCGCAAGGAGCGAAGGGAGAAGCGGGAGAAGAAAGAAAGAGAGCGUGAGCUCGAGGCCGCCAUCAAGGAAAAGGACGAAAAGAUUGCAUACUUGGAAAAUGAAAUGGGCAUAAUGGAGCGCGAGUUCCACCGCGAGCUGGAUAAGCUCAGCCAGAACGAGAGCGAGACGGCCACCUUCUGGCAGGCCAAGCACAGUGCGCUCAACCAACAGUUCCUGCGGACCGACACGGAGCUGCGGCUGCUGCGCGCCGAGGUCGAGGUGAGGGAGGGCGAGCGGGAAGAGCUCCGCGAGGGGUGGGAGGUUCUGCGCCGGGAGCUCAAGGAGCGGGAUAAUGAGAUUCGGGGGUUGAGGGGACAAGUGAGAGGGUUGAAGGAGUGGGUGAGCAACAGCACACGGACAGAUGGACAAACGUGCGAUGAGGUUUUUGGGGAUGGGAUGGCGAGGUUGGGGAAUGGCCUGCAGAAUUGGGUCAUUGUUAACUUUCGCAAGGCCAAGAUAAAGCUGGACGAGCUGGACGAGGCGACGCUGGCCGAGAUUAACGACCUCGUGCCCAUGUACGAAGAUCUGGCAUCAACAGCCAAGGUGCACCUCUUGCAGUCCAUCGUAUCGAGGAUCUUGGUCGAGAUGGUGUUUGACGCUUACUUUGUUGGUCUCUCGAGUGAACAGACUCAGCAGUUUCGACAGAUGGAGAAGAUGCUAUACUCAUACGCAUCUUCCGAUGAAGCUAUUAACCAAUGGCGCUCAUCAACUCUUGCCUUGCUUCGUCGAGAUUCGACAGCUCUUGACGAGUCGAUUUCAUCACUUACUGAAGCUGUACUCGCCCGAAUCACACGCCUUCUAGAUGCUCUAUGUGGCACAUCGCCAUCUGAAGCGCGUGAUAGCGGACUUCGUGUCCUUGUAAACAACUCUAUUGAGCUCGCACGCCUACUCGUGGUCCAAAAAGCGGUACUUCGCGUGCAUAUGCCGGCGGUACUACCUCACCAACGGGUCAUGUUUGAACCCGAGACGAUGGAGGACCUAGGCGGCGAGGAUGAAGAGGCAUUGACAGAGAGAGAGAUUUGCUGCGUUGCAUUCCCCGGCGUGAUCAAGCACGGCGACGAGAAUGGCGGACACCUACAGUUCCGGAAUAUCAUUGUCAAGGCGAGGGUGCUGUGUAGCCCUGAGUAG